GUCAAUUCCAGAAAGAGUGCAUCCAUUCAGCAAAGGAAUUUGUGGAAAUUUAUACAACUUCUGCUGUGCCAGGAGCAGCAUAUACAGUUUAGAACCACUGCCUACCUCUCAAGAGAUAGAGGAAAAGUCAAGGCCAUAUACAUGCUUGGAUGUCAUUAAUUGUCGAUGUUGCUGAUAGUUUUUGUGUAAGUGAAAGUCUGUUCGUCCAACAGUUUAAUUGUGAAAAUUAAGGAAUUUGUCAAUGCACCUUUGCUUAGAUGGGUAGGUUUUAUCUUUAGGCCAUUUGGUUUAUGAUUUAUCUUCUGUUAUUCAUUCUUUGCCUAAUUUUUGGAGGUAGAGUUCCAAGUUUGAUGUACAGUUGCAGUGGUAUGAUUUUACUCGUUAGUUUGUGGACCUGGAUAUCUAGCUAAUUAUCAAACAGAUUACUGCCGAGGAACGCUAGAAGUUUUUUAGUUGCAUGCAUGCAUGCAGGGGUGCGGCAUCGUUAAUUUUACGGUGGGCGUUGGCCCCCCCUCAACCUCAAAACUUGUUUUAGUCUGAUGAAUUCUGUGUUGUUAUUUAAUCCCUACGUACUUGUGUUCAACUUAUCUAGAAGACUAGAUCCACCCCCCUGGUUGCGUGCAGUUGAAGAAGUGGCAGACCAUGCACUCUUGCUCAUAUUAAAUUUGUAGGUAUUGAAGUACUUGUGAGAUUAACAUGGUUAGUGACAAAAGAAAGACUAGACUUGACACUUGUGGAAAGCAUGUCUUGAAAUAUUUCGGGUUGAAAUUUCCGUUUCCAUACCUCCGAAGAGUUGGGCGAUCAAAGUGUGUUGGGCUUGCGACUAUAGUUAAUACUGUUUGAUAGUAGAAAUCGGUUUGGGUCUUUCCGAAGAGCGAUACAGCUCAUCCUUUGUGAAUUUUGCCUUGAAAGAAAGGAAAAAACCAAAAUAGAGAAAAUAGUUACCUAGCUAGCUGCUCUUUCUGUAUUAAAUUGUUUUCUAGCCUUUUUGCCUGGGUAAACGGAGUUACACGAUUCCAAAGUUCCGUUUAGUAAUUUUUUUCUUCUACCAAUCUUACUGAAAUUCCAUUAUAUUAUUGAUACAAACUGGCCUUUCUUAAUUAAGAGUGUUUAUUUAGCAA